CGCGCGCCUUGCUCCACCCGCUCGUGCUCGUGCCGUGCCGCGAGUCCCGCCCCCGGCGCGUCGGUGAUCCCACCGGCGGGCUUCCCGGGCUGGGAGGAAAAACCCAUAAAAAGUACACGCCCCGCUUUAACGACCCCCAACGUCCUUCUCCCCUUCCCUUCCCUAGUUCCCUCCUCGCGUCCCCGUCCUUCCCCCAGAAAACAACAAAAGCCGCCAGAGCCGCUGCGACGCACGGCGCUUGAGGCAAACGCACUGCCCCAGCCUGCCGCUUCCAUCCAGGUCAAAACUUUCGGCCCGCGCGCUGACACACGGGAAUCCAGGCGAGCUAGGAUGAGGGAGCAGCAGGGUUCCGGCGAGGUGGCCGGGAGCCGGGGCGGGGCCAUCAGGUCGCUGCUGGGCGUCGAGCGCCGCCUCGCGGAGGGCGACGCCGAGGGGGCGGUCGGGGUCUCCUCGGGGAAGCAGGCGGCGGGCGCGGGCGCGGGCGGUGGCGAGGAGGAGAGGAAGGCCGUGGUGAGGGUGGUGGCGGCCGACAUGCCGGCCGCGCUGCAGCGGCGCGCGUUCCGCUGCGCCCGCGACGAGCUCGCCGCGAUGCCGCGCUACCCGCGCCGGCUCGAGCCCAAGCGCCUCGCGCUCGCGCUCAAGAAGGAGUUUGACACUGCAUACGGGCCAGCUUGGCACUGCAUCGUGGGGACUAGUUUCGGUUCAUAUGUCACGCACGCCCGGGGUGGAUUCUUGUAUUUUUCCGUCGAUAAGGUCUACAUCCUGCUCUUCAGGACUGCCGUGGAGCCCUCGCCUCAUUGAGGGGCACCACCACUAGACAAAAUGGUUCGUGAAUGCGCAGCUCUUGGGGAAGCCCACGCCAAAUUCAGCUGUUCAGUCGGCUAAACCGAGCCUUGUAACUUGUAAAUUGCAUUGUUUCUUCGAAGGCAAACGGAAACUCCUUAUGGUUCUGAUAAAAUUACGACUUAUUGGUGUCACCUGUUUCA